AUGCGCCGCCGCCUCUGGCUGGGCCUGGCCUGGCUGCUGCUGGCGCGGGCACCGGGAGCCCCGGGCGGGUACCCACAUCUGGAGGGCGACGUGCGCUGGCGCCGCCUCUUCUCCUCCACCCACUUUUUCCUGCGUGUGGAUCCUGGUGGUCGGGUGCAGGGGACGCGUUGGCGACACGGCCAGGACAGUAUUGUUGAGAUCCGUUCUGUCCGUGUGGGCACUGUGGUGAUCAAAGCUGUGUACUCAGGCUUCUAUGUGGCCAUGAAUCGCAGGGGCCGCCUCUAUGGGUCGCGGGUCUACUCUGUGGACUGUAGGUUCCGGGAGCGCAUCGAGGAGAACGGCUACAACACAUACGCCUCACGACGCUGGAGGCACCACGGCCGACCCAUGUUCUUGGCACUGGACAGCCAGGGCAUUCCCAGGCAAGGCAGACGGACUCGUCGGCACCAACUGUCCACACACUUCCUACCAGUACUGGUCUCAUCUUGAAGGGCCUGGCGACGGUUCAGGAGGCGUGGGUGACACACAGGGCUGGGAAGAUCUGGAGCUGAGUAGCAAAGGGCCAGGCUAGAGACCCUGGGCCCACACACGUCUUUGUCACAGGUUGGAUACCUGUUGGCUGUCAGGCAUGGAGACCUGGCAGGGUCCCUGCAGGUGAGGCCAACACUUGGGGGAUACACAGAACUGGCAGUUUCCAUCCAUCUAGUUUGGAGGUGAGAGGCUUGGAAAGUAAAAACAAGGAGGACCAGGGAGGGUGGACACGUGCG